CGGCGCAGGCGCCGCCACCGCCACCACCCUGCGCCUGCGCAGAGCGGCGCGGCCUGCCCUGCCCUGCUGUGCCCCGUGCCGCCGCCGCCCCCCGCCUUGGCCGCUGGGCCGUGUCGCUGACCGCCGCGAGCCGCAGCGGGCCCGCUGCUCGGAGCAAAGAUGAGUCUGUUCGGCUCCACCUCGGGAUUUGGUACUGGAGGUACCAGCAUGUUUGGCAGCACAACUGCGGAUAACCAUAACCCCAUGAAGGAUAUCGAAGUGACAUCUCCACCUGAUGACAGCAUAUCUUGUUUAGCUUUUAGUCCACCAACAUUGCCUGGUAACUUCCUCAUUGCAGGAUCAUGGGCAAAUGAUGUUCGCUGCUGGGAAGUUCAAGAUAAUGGACAGACAAUUCCAAAGGCUCAGCAGAUGCACACAGGUCCUGUACUGGAUGGGUGCUGGAGUGAUGAUGGGAGUAAAGUAUUUACAGCUUCCUGUGAUAAAACUGCCAAAAUGUGGGAUCUCAACAGUAAUCAGGCUAUUCAGAUCGCACAGCAUGAUGCUCCUGUUAAGACUAUCCAUUGGAUUAAAGCACCAAAUUAUAGCUGUGUGAUGACAGGAAGCUGGGAUAAAACUUUGAAGUUCUGGGAUACUCGUUCACCAACACCUAUGAUGACAUUGCAGCUCCCUGAAAGAUGUUACUGUGCUGAUGUGGUUCAUCCUAUGGCUGCUGUGGCCACUGCAGAAAGGGGUUUGAUAGUUUAUCAGUUAGAGAAUCAGCCUUCUGAAUUUAGAAGAAUAGAAUCUCCUCUUAAACACCAGCAUCGCUGUGUUGCUAUUUUUAAAGACAAAGUGAACAAACCUACUGGAUUUGCCCUUGGAAGUAUUGAAGGAAGAGUAGCUAUUCAUUAUAUCAACCCUCCAAAUCCCGCAAAAGAUAAUUUCACUUUUAAAUGUCAUCGCUCCAAUGGAACGAACACAUCAGUACCUCAGGAUAUCUAUGCUGUAAAUGGGAUAGCAUUUCAUCCUGUCCAUGGUACUCUUGCAACAGUAGGAUCUGAUGGUAGAUUCAGCUUUUGGGAUAAAGAUGCACGAACAAAGCUAAAAACAUCAGAACAGCUUGACCAGCCAAUAUCUGCCUGUUGUUUCAACCAUAAUGGCAACAUAUUUGCAUAUGCUUCCAGUUAUGAUUGGUCAAAGGGUCAUGAAUUUUAUAAUCCUCAGAAGAAAAAUUACAUUUUUCUGCGGAAUGCAGCAGAAGAGUUAAAGCCUAGGAAUAAGAAGUAGUGAGUAUGAGUCUGACUUGUGUUACUCUACUGUUUUUCUGCCAUUCCUGCCCCUACUCCACUGCUCUUCUGCCAUUUGUGCCCUAUUGCGCCACGAUUCAGUCAACUUUGGAUCGCUAACAUUUAGCAGGAACUGUAUAAAUUACAUUAAAUGUAUUUUGACUUUCUGGAGAAUGUCUUUCAAAUUAGAUAUUCUGAUGUGUAUAAGAAAGAAAGGCUAAUAGUCACGUGACUUACCACUGUCUGUUCCGCAGCAAUAAUGUAAUUGCAGCAACAUCUCUAAAUCUGGGUUGAGUAUUCCCGCUUAGAAGCGCAAGGAUUUGUAUCUGUGGAUUUAUUUUACUAGUAUUAUGUUUAAAAAAAAGUUCAUUAUAAUAGUUGUGGAGAAGUUGCAUAAAUAUUGUAUUUUUUGUAAGUACUUGAAGAAUUGCAAAUAAUUCUUCUCAAAGGAGGCUUGGUAUUACUUAUUAUUCAGGGUUUUUGUCAUUGGUUUCUAAUUUUUAAGAUAGAAGUAUUGUCUACUGUAUGCCAGGAAGAAAUGCCUUGCAAAUUGUUUUCCCUCAUUUUCUAGAUGAAUUUGGUAGGUAUGUAAGUGGCCAAUAGCAGUGACAGAACUCAAGAUGGAAAAGAUGGGCACUGCGCAAAUUCCUCUUUCCUUCUUCCUUACGCUCCAGCAGUGCAGGUGAAUUUUGAGCCACCACUACUCACGCUUAUUCUAGUCCAGAGGAGAAACUGCCAUUUGUGCCAAGUGGUAUAGUGGUAUAGUUCAGUAAUGUGAGCAAUCCAUUAAAGGUUUUGUUUUGAUCACCACCAAACCAACAUAUGCAAAAUAUUUGUGGCCUAAACUGCUUUAAAACUGACAUUUUAAAAAUUGGUUCUUUUAAAUCUCUCUAACUGUUUUUUGUCCCUUAGCGGGUUUCUGGAGUGAGAAUUUUUCAUUUUUUGUAUUAACUAGAAAAUAGUGCUGGUGAGUUUCAUCCCAAUCAAAAAUGCUGUGAAGCAGAGUUAAAACAAUGUGGGUCUUUCUGACUUGAAUCUACCACUGUUUACUUCUAACUAGCCUGUUGUAUACAUGCCAAAGUUUUCUUUUUAGAAGUGAAUGCUUAUUAUUCCUGUUAACUAUUAAAUAAUGUUUGAUAAUGAGUAAAUAAAAGGAGGGCAGCAUGUAUAGAAAUACCUGUCAUAUUGUAAAAAUUCUCUGUAAAACUGUAUGUUGUAACACUUAUUGUUAUGGAUUCAUGCUACAUUUCAAAUAAAAUUUUUACUAAAUCCUUUUUUA